AUGGACGCCGCAACAAUCGAGGAGACGAACCGCAUCCGGGUCUCGCUGGGCCUGAAGCCCCUGCCGGUCCCGGGAGCAGAGGCACCAUCUGCGACGGAAAGCAAGGACGGAGAUGAUGCUCCCAGCACUGUCGAAUCGCGCCAGGCGCAAGCCUACGACAACUACAACAAGGCCAUGGAGGCAGAGGCCGCGAAGAAGAAACGCGAAGAGAGGAACGCCGCCGUAAAAAAGGCACGAGAAACUGCUCAGCGACUGGCCAAGUUGGAAGGCAAAGGCUUGGGUGAGGAAGACGACAGAGGUGACCUCGACGCGAAAUCUUGGUUGUUGGGACAGAAGAAGCGACAGAAGAAGAUCGACAAGGUGCGGAAAAUCGAGGAGGAGCUUGCAGCUGCCGAGGCUGAAGCAGCAGCGGCAGUGCAAUACACACCAAAGGAUCUUGCCGGGAUCAAGAUUGCCCACGAUACAUCUGCGCUCCUGGAUGGUGGGGAUCAAAUUCUCACCUUGAAGGAUACCACAAUUGAAGAGAACGAGGAAGAGGGUGACCAGCUGGAGAAUAUCGAUCUUCGGGACCAGGAGAAACUCUCGGAACGGCUUGACCUGAAAAAGAAGCGACCUGGAUAUAACCCGAAUGAAGAUGAAGAUGGUGAUACCGGCAUCCUUGCGCAAUACGACGAGGAAAUUACGGGAAAGCAAGGAAAAUCCUUCACUCUUGGAGAGAAUGGAAUGAUAGGAGAUAUCGCUGAUAUUCUGGACCAGCCAGCACCAACAACCCUUGGUAAGCAAAGUGUUAGUUUGGAUGACAUUGUUGGCGACGGGCCUAUAUCCUCAGAUUACCUCGCACCGUCGCAAAUCAAAGUCAAGAAGCCAAAGAAGAAGAAGAACAAGUCGAGGCAGAAACAGAUUGACAACGAGGAUGAUGUAUUAUUCAAGGAGCCUGUAGUCGCCGAGAAUGAUUCUAUGGAUAUAGACGGAAGCGCACCCACGACCGGCAAGAAAAGGAAGCAGGAGAUCGACAUAAUAGACGACGACGAAGACCUCCAGGCGUCUCUGGCAGCUCAAAGAAAACUCGCACUGAAGAAGCGCAAGAAGACUCGAUUUGAAGAUCUUGCUAAGCAGCUGAAGGAACAAGAGGACGAUUCACUGCAAGACGACACCCAAAAUGGGACAGGAAUGGUCAUUGGCGAAAUUUCCGAGUUUGUUUCUGGGCUCACCAAGCAUGAGGACGACGAGGAAGAGGAGGAGAGGAGGCAGAAGAGACGAAAGCAGGCUACAAAAACACCCGAAGCUACUGAAGAUCAAGAGAUGGAGGAUGCUCCUGCCAAGUCGGUACAAUUCGAUGUCCCAGAGCCUGAAACCGUGGAGGACCAGGAGGAUGGUACCGGAAUUGGGGAAGAGAAGCACAUUAGCGACGGAAUGGGUGCUGCCCUUUCACUCCUCCGUGAACGUGGCCUAAUUGAAGAAGCCAAAGGAGAUGAUCAAAUCAAGCUUGAACGUCAACGUCAAGAAUUUCUCUACGGAAAGGCAGUCUUGGAACGGGACUUUGAGGAGCAAGCCUUGAGGCAACGUGAGUACGACAGACAGCACGCCAAAAUGGACAAGAUGUCAACCAGAGAGAGGGAGGAUUAUGCACGACACCAGAACCAGCGGCGAGAUCACCAACAAGCAAAGAAGAUGGUGGACCUUUUCCAAUCGACUUACAAACCCACCUUUGAGCUCAAAUAUACAGACGACCAUGGCCGUGAGCUGAAUCAGAAGGAGGCUUUCAAGCAGCUCAGUCACCAGUUCCACGGCAAGGGUAGCGGCAAGGAGAAGACGGAGAAACGACUGAAGAAGAUUGCAGAUGAGAAACGGCGUGAAGCUCAGAGCAUGUUCGACGCUACGCAACAGGCAGGAAUGAGCAUGGCCACAUCCCAACAGCUCAAGAAGCGCAAAGAAGCAGGAGUGCGACUCGGAUAG